GGUUGUUAACGGCACGAGCCGGAGCCGUCCGUCACUGUUACCGUGUCACUGGGCUCUCCCCCUUCUUUAUAUUAGUCUACGAGAGGAGAAGGAAGAGGAUAUCCAGAUGCCGCUCUAGAUGCCCUUUUCCCUUCCUGCUCUUCCAUCGCCGAUCCAUCGCAGUGCUCUUCCUUUCCUCCCUUCACUUCCUUCCAUGGCAGCCUACUUGAAGGGGCGCUCAGUCGCUGCACACCACGGGAAGCGAUUCCUCCACCAGAUCUGGGCCGCUCCGGCGAUUUCUUCGAGGGCCAGGGCAGUGCACCAGUCGUCGUACGACAAGAACGUGGACGAGCAGGCGCGCCCCACCGUGGUGCCGGACCAUGUGAUCGACUCCCGCAGCUCUGACAAGUACUGGGGACCGCACCCCACCACCGGCGUCUUCGGCCCCACUGACGACGGCGGCGAGUCGGCCUCCGCCGGCAGCGGGGGGAGCCCGGCGGUCGCCGAAGGGAGCGGCACCUCCGACGCGGAGCAGACUGUGUGGUUCCGCCCCCAGGAGGGCGUUGACAAGGCACCCUACGCCUGAGAAUUUCGCGGCGUUAUGUGUGGUAAAUGAUAUAAUAAAUCGUGCCGACGUUAUGUGGUAAAUGAUAUGUUCGCCUUCUUUCUGUUCUUCCCUGUUGUUUUCUUAAACAUGAUAUAACGAUCAUGACGGUGCGGUUAAUGGCUUGCUGCAUUUUGCUGAA